AUGGGACUGCUCGUGUUCCUGCGCAACCUGCUGCUCGCGCUCUGCCUCUUCCUCGUGCUCGGCUUCCUCUACUACUCCGCCUGGAAGCUGCACCUGCUCCGCUGGGAGGACUCCAAUUCAGUGGUUCUUUCCUUUGACUCCGUUGGACAUACAAUAGGCUCAGAAUAUGACAAACUGGGCUUUCUCCUGAACCUGGACUCAAAAUUGCCUCCAGAAUUGGCAUCAAAAUAUGCAAAUUUCUCUGAAGGGGUGUGCAAACCUGGUUAUGCAUCAGCACUCAUGACUGUCAUCUUCCCAAAGUUCUCCAAGCCGGCACCAAUGUUCUUGGAUGAUUCCUUCAGGAAAUGGGCACGUAUCAGGGACUUUGUACCUCCCUUUGGAAUUAAAGGACAAGGUAUGAGAAAAUGA